AUGUCGAAUCCCACAGAGGAUCAAAAUGCUGUAGAUAAGAUAAAUGUCAGUUUAACAGAAUUAAGACAUAUGAGAAAGGGUGAGCUGAAAGAAAUGGCCUCCCAAUUAAUGUUAGAAAUUUCUAAUACAAUGAAGAAAUGUGACAUUAUAGCAUUGAUUGCAAAUCAUUUGGGUUUACCUGAUGUUCAGAGUGGGGGUGAAACCAUGAGUGAAAGCCAUGUCGUUAAUGGUGAAGUGGAAAUGGCGAAAAUUGAAUUGGAAAGAGAAAGACUGAAUUUCCAAAGAGAAGAGAAGGAAAGAGAAAGAGAGAGAGAAGAAAGGGAAAAAGAACGAGAAGAAAGAGAAAAAGAACGAGAGUUUGAAUUGAGAAUGUUAGAAUUGAAACAAGGCUUAUCCGAAGAUCAGGGUAGCUUUAGGCAACGGGGGGACAAUAACAGUCCCAAUUUUGAUAUUACUAAGCACAUAAGAUUAGUACCUAAAUUUGAUGAGGGAGAUGUAGAAUCUUUUUUCAUAGCGUUUGAAAAGAUAGCUAAUCGUCUUAAAUGGCCAAAAGAAUUUUGGACCUUAUUAUUACAAAGUGGGUUAACAGGGAAGGCCCAAGAAGUGUUUGCCUGCUCAUCAGAUGCAGUAACCGAUGAUUAUUUUAAAAUCAAGGAAUCUAUUUUAUCUGCUUAUGAGUUAGUGCCAGAAGCAUAUAGGCAGAAAUUUCGUAAACUAAAGAGGGUCCCUGACCAAAGUUUCGUAGAGUUUGCUAGGGAGAAGGAGAUGAUUUUCGAUCGAUGGUACCGAAGUCUCCAUCAAGAAAAUAACUUUGAUAAUUUGCGAGAAGUACUCUUGCUAGAGGAAUUCAAAAGAAGCAUACCAUCCGAGAUAAAAUUGCAUUUAGAUGAGAGAAAAGUUAUGGGGGCGAAAGAAGCAGCGAUUAUGGCUGACGACUAUGAGCUUACACACAAAAUUAGUGGUAGGUUUCACCUAUAUAGUAAAGAUAGAACCCAUAAUGAUAAGAGAUCCAAUGGUACUUCGAAACCUUUCCAAAAUAAGGGAUUUACGGGGGACAAGAAAUUCACAACUGGGGGUCCCACAUGCCAUUAUUGCAAAAAGAGAGGACACAUUAAGUCAGAAUGCUACAAAUGGAAAAAUGAUCAACAACGCUCUGAUAAAAAACCAGUUGCGUUUGCUAAGUCAAGCACACAUUGUCGGACAGAGAAGAUUGUAAAGGGGGUAGGUGAGUACGAUGUGAAACGGCCUAAACUGAUAGAUAAUGAAUUGCAGGGAUUUGAAGGAUUUGUAUUUACUGGUGUAGUUUCUCCUUGCUUAUCCAAAUCUGAGGGAAAAUCAGUCACAAUACUUAGAGAUACUGGUGCUACCCAAUCCUUAGUGUUGGCUGAUGCUAUAGCAUUACCUCAAUGUAGCUCAGAGAAUGCUAGUGCUUUAAUUCAGGGCAUAGAUGGAAGUUAUCUUACCGUUCCCUUGUAUAAGAUUCACUUGAAAUGCGGUUUAGUUACAGGUCCAGUUACGGUGGGCGUGGUUAAAACCUUACCUAUCAAGGGUGUUAGCUUUGUGCUAGGAAAUGACCUGGCUGGGGAAAGGGUGUCGGUACCUCCUGUAAUCUUGAAUGCACCUGUGGUUGAACCCUUGACAGAAAAUUUAGAAGAGGAAUAUCCUGGGAUUUUUCCAGCAUGUGUUGUGACUCGUUCGCAGGCACACAUGGAUAGCAAGGUGCUUGAUGCAAGAGACAAUGUUUGCCUUGCAGAUACUUUCUUUGCUAAUUUAGAUGCACCAAGUCUUAGUGAAGCAGUACCUCAGGAUGGGGUUAUUGAUAGAACAACCUUAAUUAAAGGGCAACAAGAAGACCCUGACUUAUUAAAUUUAAGAAAUACCGCACUUUCUAUAGAUGAGGCCAGAGAUAUCCCAGAAUGUUAUUACAUGAAAGAUGAUAUUUUAAUGAGAAAGUGGAGACCUCCUCAAAGGCCAGCUGACGAAGAAUGGAGUGUAGUCCAUCAAAUUAUAGUCCCUCCAGGUUAUCGUAAAAAAAUCCUAAGAUUAGCCCAUGAGAUUCCUAUGGCUGGACAUUUGGGAAUUAGGAAGACCCAGGCUAGGAUAAGCAAUCAUUUUUACUGGCCUAAACUACACAAGGAUGUAGUACACUUUUGUAAGACAUGUCAUGUUUGUCAAAUCAUUGGGAAGCCACAGCCAUCUAUUAAACCAGCCCCUCUUAUUCCCAUCCCAGUGUUUGAAGAACCAUUUAGUCGGGUUAUUGUGGACUGUGUUGGCCCAUUGCCCCGCACUAAGUCAGGAUACAAUUAUUUAUUGACUAUUAUGGACUUAUCAUCACGUUUUCCCGAAGCUAUUCCCCUCAGGAAAAUAGGCUCUAAAUUUGUAGUUGAAGCCCUGCUACAAUUUUUCACCAGAUAUGGUCUACCUAAAGAAAUUCAAUCCGACCAAGGGUCCAAUUUCAUGUCUGGUCUGUUUCAAGAAGUGAUGUCUGAGUUAGGUAUUCACCAAAUUAAAUCUUCAGCGUAUCAUCCUCAGUCUCAAGGUGCGCUUGAAAGGGACGUGCCAAAUGAAUCAACAGGAUUUAGUCCUUUUGAGUUGGUUUAUGGUCAUGACGUUAGAGGUCCUUUGAAAUUAAUUAAAGAACGAUUCCUAAAUCAUGAUGAUGAAACAAACCUACUAGAUUAUGUUUCCACAUUUAGGGAGAGGCUUUCACAGGCUUGUGAAGUAGCCAGAAAUCAUCUCAAAGAUUCCCAACAGUCUAUGAAAGAGCGAGCGGACAAAAAUGCCGUAGUUCGUACUUUUAAUGCCGGAGACAAGGUAUUAGUUCUCCUACCUAUUUUUGGCGAACCUUUAGAGGCUAAAUUUAGUGGACCUUACGUCAUCAAAAAGAAACUCAAUGAUGUGAAUUAUGUAGUAAGUACUCCCGAUAGGAGAAAAAGUCAGAGGGUAUGUCAUGUCAGUAUGCUCAAACCAUAUCUUGACCGACAACCUAUGGUUUGUGUAAGUAGGGUAGUGGAAUCUGUAGAUGAGAGUGUUGAACCACUGAAGGAAAAUGAGCUAAACGAUUCUCACAUGGACGCUGUGACUGCUAGGUUGUCAAAUUCUGAAAUUUUAGAGAACAUAGAUAAUUACCUCGCUUACCUAGCCCCUACACAUAAACAUGAUAUAAGUGCCUUGCUUACCAAAUAUCAUAAGAUCUGUACAGAUAAAUUGGGUUGUACAACUGUAGCCACCCAUGAUGUUGAUGUUGGAGAUUCCAAUCCCAUCCGACAACACCCAUACAGACUUAGUCGGGACAAAUUAUUGUUAAUCAGACAAGAA